GAAUGCCAAUUGGAGACUAUUUCAAUCUCGUUCAGAAUUUAUUCCUGAUUGUGCUGGUCUUCUGCCCAUCAUGGAUCUUGUGCCACGGAAAGAAGAAACCAUCGAAAACAUCGUCGAGUUGUAAGAAGACCGAUUCUAUAGAGCCGCCCAAAUCGGCAAUUAAACCUCCAAUAACUGAUCCAACACCGAGUAUGUUGGCCAAGGCGGGACCAGAUGAGAAGAAAGACGAGCCAAAGGAUGAGAAAGGAGAGACUAAGAGCCCGGCUCCAGAUGGCGAUGCUGCUGCUGCUGAUGCAGCAAAACCUGUCGACAAGUCGCAAAAGCCAUUCCCCAAGUUUGAGAUGCCGACGGAGAGCAAGAAGAAGAAGAAGAUGGCUGAAAAUGAGGUUGAUAAGAAGGAGAAAAUGAAGAAUGGGUUCUAUCAGGAGAAGUCGGAUGAAGAUGACACACUUGAGAAAGUGGACAGUCUAAAGGUUGAACAAUCUGAUAAAACCAAGAGAUCAAAGAAAAAUAAGAAAUAA